AUGCACUGCGAGAGUGAAAGAUCCGACGUCAGCGGCUGUAAUCAAUGUGUAGAAUGGGGAGUCAAACCAUAUGGCACGGGAUCGGCGGCCUCGCUCGCAGGCGAGAUAAGAACGUUUUUUCCAAAUAUAUGGUUUGGCCUCUUGGUUGGUGUUGCAGCGGGCCUUCCUAAUCUCUCACGAACCCCACCCCGUGAUAUCCGCCUUGGUGAUGUUCUUGUAGGAAUUCCAGAAGGUGACAGCGCCGGUCUUAUCGCAUAUGAUCUCGGAAAGGAAACAAAAAACGGGUUUCAACCAUUGCGUGGUGGACAUGUAUUGUCUACGACAGAGAAGAUUGUUAGGGCGGCAAUUGGUCAUAUAAAGAUUGAGUCGCCAAAUGACGCAGACGUUUUUUUACCAUUCUAUGAGAGUAUCAAAGACAAGGAGCAUGCAGAUGGCACAUUUCGUGAUCCAGGGCAAGACCAAGACAACCUCUAUGAGGUUGACGAAAGUGGGAUCGAGCGGCUCGUUAAACGAGAGCAGCGGCCGGACUCGAAACGGACACGAGCAUGGUAUGGAUCGAUUGGAUCUGGGGAGAAAUUGAUGAAGAAGGCUGAGAAAAGGAAUGAGUUGCGAGACAAAUAUGAUGUGAUUGGUCUGGAGAUGGAGGCUGCUGGCACCAUGAACCAGAUCCCGGUUGGUGUCAUCCGAGGAGUGUGUGAUUAUGGAGAUGAACAUAAAAAUAAGGAAUGGCAACCAUAUGCAGCGGCUAUGGCCGCAGCUUAUGCUAAAGCAAUUGAUAUUCCACUCGACCUGACUGAUGUACCUGCAAUUGAAAACUUUUUGGGACGAAACCAGGAGCUAGAACGCUUGUGGCAUUAUUUACAACCAGGGAACUCCAAGUCUCGAAAAGUCGCUAUUCUUCACGGGCUUGGUGGAAUGGGAAAGACACAAUUAGCAAUCCACUUCGCACGAGUUCACAAGGAUGACUUCACUGCCAUCUUUUGGAUGAGUGGCAAGAGCCGAGAGACACUAUUACAAGCUUUAAGUUCCGUCCUGCCUAGAUUACCAGGCCAAUCCCAGACCACCAAAGCAAUAAAUAAAGAAGAAAUAGAACAACACGCCAGGCACGUAUUACAGUGGCUAUCAAUACCAGGAAACUUGCGCUGGCUGCUUAUUUUCGAUAACAUCGAUCAAUAUUCUCCAGUUCAUGGCGGUCCUGCUGAUGGAUAUGAUAUUAGCGAAUUUUUUCCUACAGCGGAUCAUGGUUCGAUUUUAAUUACUUCCCGGAUGCAGAGCUUAACUGAGCUUGGAGAACCCUUCCCCAUCCGGAAGCUUGAGUCCGAGAGUGCUAUCCAACUUCUCUUACAGCGCAGCAGUCUGCCAGUCCCAGAUCCAAUCAGGAUGGAGGUGGUUGACCAAGAUGUCAUUGCCCUUACAGACCGUCUUGGUGGGUUGCCAUUAGCUAUCGUCAUUGCAGGUGCAUAUAUGCGUGAGACCGGAACCAGCAUCAGUGAGUACUUGCAGUACUACCAGAAAUCCUGGCACAAACUCCAGUCACGCUCCAGGCCAGAACGGCACUACCCACACGGUAAUAUACUACAAACAUGGAUGGUUUCCUAUGAUGGAAUUAAAAAACGAGACACGAAUGCAGCGGAACUGAUACUGCUGCUCGCCCACUUCGAUAAUCGGGACAUCUGGUAUGAGUUAGUAGAAUGUGGUACCUAUAGCUCGAAUCCACCCGAGUGGCUUGAGACUGUCACAUCAGAUCGCCUUGACUUCAAAGAAAGCAUAAGGAUUUUGAUUGGGUUCUCGCUUAUUGAAAUCAAGAAACAUGGGGGAAGCUACAUGAUGCACCCUGUUGUACAAGAUUGGUGUCUUCACAUCGCUGACAUGGAUGAUGUGAAAGCAAGUCAAUUGAAUGAACUAGCAUUAGUAUGUGUGGGAUAUACAGUACCUAGCACUACUGAGCAAAGGUAUUGGGAGAUCCAACGGCGGUUGCUAGCUCAUGCAGAUCGUGUACACCAGAGGUGGAAUAACGAUGAGCUGAUUGGUGACAGUGCUAUCUGGGGUGCAUUUAACAACCUCGGGAACCUCUACGGAGAUCAGGGCAAACUGAAGGAGGCAGAAGAGAUGCAUACACGAGCACUAGCUGGCCGUGAGAAGGCACUAGGUCCAGACCAUACAUCUACCCUCGAUUCAGUCCAUAGUCUUGGGAUUCUCUACCAGAAUCAGGAUAAGCUGAAGGAGGCAAAAGAGAUGUAUACACGAGCUCUGGCUGGCUAUGAGAAGGAACUAGGUCCAGACCAUACAUCCACUCUUCUAGUUGUUAACAAUCUUGGGAUUCUGUACUGGAAUCAGGGCAAACUGAAGGGGGCAGAAGAGAUGUAUACGCGAGCUCUGGCUGGCUAUGAGAAGGCACUAGGUCCAGACCAUAUAUCCACCCUUCUAGUUGUUAACAAUCUUGGGAUUCUGUACUGGAAUCAGGGCAAACUGAAGGGGGCAGAAGAGAUGUAUACACGAGCACUGGCUGGCUAUGAGAAGGCACUAGGUCCAGACCAUACAUCUACUCUCGAUUCAGUCCACAGCCUUGGGGUUCUCUACGGAGAUCAGGGCAAACUGAAGGAGGCAGAAGAGAUGCAUACACGAGCACUAGCUGGCCGUGAGAAGGAACUAGGUCCAGACCAUACAUCUACUCUCGAUUCAAUCCACAGCCUUGGAGUUCUCUACCGAGAUCAGGGCAAACUGAAGGAGGCAGAAGAGAUGUAUACACGAGCUCUGGCUGGCUAUGGGAAGGCACUAGGUCCAGAUCAUCACAAGACUCAACGGGUGGGGAAGGAAUUGAAAGCAAUAGUUAAGUCCGAAUCCACAUAA